AUGGAGGGUAUACUGGGUAGACUCGGUGUUCUGCAAAGUGCGAUGUUGGUCCGGCUGUGCGAGCUUGGCGGGUCCCCGGAGUUGCACAGGGACGUGCUUGGUUUCCAGACGCUGGUGAAGUGUGCUGUCUCCGCCUUCAACCAGUGUAACAGGUACUGCAAGUUGCGGUGGCGAGUCGACGCGCGGCGUGUUGGUGCUGGUGACGCGUUGGAGCUCAUCGAGGGCAGCUGGAGGCAGUUCUCCGCGGUAGAGGUCGCGCACUACGAGCGGUUGCUAGAGCUCGUCAACUGGUGCACGCAGUUCCAGUUGGCGCUGCUGGAGCGCAGCGAGCAGCAGACUGUUUCAAUGAACAACCAGGUGGACCAAUUGAGGGACGAGUGUAUUCGAGAACACUCUGUCGCGGCGGCGGUACCUGCGGAGACAACAACUACAAAGACGACAAACCUGCAGCAAGGUUCCUCGCGGGACCAGCUACUGUCGAAGACGAAACGGCUGACGAGCAACCUGAUCAAGAGCAACCAGAUGUUGCAGUCUGGGGUUCUGCAGAGUGACUUGAACCUGGACGAGUUGCGGGGCCAGACGGCUUCGUUGAACAAACUCGAGGACAAGUACGGCCAGUUCGAGCUCGUGUUCCACCGCACGGCAAAGCUUGUCAAGACCCUCGAGAGUGCGUCGAACCAGGAGCGCAGAAACGUGUACAUGGCCCUCGGGUUCCUCUGCCUUGCCGUGUCGUGGGUCCUUUGGAGACGUAUAUUCAAGAUGCCUACGAAACUCGCCCUGUGGCUGAUGUUCAAGUUCUUCAGGGGGGUGCUCGUUUCCGCGGGGGUUGUCCGCCGCACCAUGCGCCAGCAGCCAAUUGCAAUUGCAGUGAGUGCCAGUGCCAGUGCCAGCGGAACAACUACGAGUUCCGCCUCUACGAUCACGGACAGCAUUGAAAACGCGGUCAGCGAGGCAGUCGACCGUCUCUUCACACACGACGAGCUGUAA